UAUAGAGCUUCCACGGGCAGCUGUCAGGAUCUUAAGCAACAUGACAUUCCUUUUUGUGAGUUUGUCAUACACAGCUGAGAGUGCCAUUGUUACAGCUUUUAUUACCUUCAUUCCCAAGUUCAUCGAGUCACAGUUUGGCAUCCCAGCAUCCAAUGCCAGCAUCUACACUGGUGUAAUAAUUGUUCCAAGUGCUGGUGUUGGUAUUGUCCUAGGUGGCUACAUUAUCAAAAAACUGAAACUUGGUGCAAGAGAGUCUGCAAAGCUUGCCAUGAUCUGCAGUGGUGUGUCUUUGCUGUGUUUUUCAACUCUCUUCAUUGUUGGAUGUGAAAGCAUUAAUCUAGGGGGAAUAAAUAUACCUUAUACGACUGGUCCCACUCUUGCCAUGGCCCACAGGAAUCUCACUGGGAGCUGUAAUGUGAACUGUGGAUGUAAAAUUCAUGAGUAUGAGCCUGUCUGUGGAUCAGAUGGAAUAACAUAUUUUAAUCCUUGCCUGGCUGGCUGCAUCAAUGGUGGAAACCAUAGUACAGGGGUAAGAAAUUACACAGAGUGUGCUUGUGUCCAAAGCCGCCAGGUUAUCACCCCGCCGACAGUGGGCCAGCGCAGCCAGCUCCGGCUGGUCAUCGUCAAAACCUACCUGAAUGAGAACGGCUAUGCUGUUUCUGGGAAGUGCGAUCGAACCUGCAACACACUUAUCCCGUUCCUGAUAUUUCUCUUCAUAGUGACCCUUAUAACAGCGUGCGCCCAGCCAUCAGCAAUCAUAGUGACACUCAGGUCUGUGGAAGAUGGGGAACGGCCCUUUGCACUAGGAAUGCAGUUUGUUUUAUUACGAACUCUUGCUUACAUUCCCACUCCAAUUUAUUUUGGGGCUGUUAUUGAUACCACAUGCAUGCUUUGGCAACAGGAUUGUGGCGUACAAGGAUCUUGUUGGGAAUACGAUGUCACCUCAUUUCGUUUUGUCUACUUUGGGUUGGCUGCUGCUCUCAAGUUUGUAGGAUUCUUUUUUAUUUUUCUGGCCUGGUACUCCAUUAAGUGUAAAGAAGAACAACUACAGAGACAAAGAUGGAGGGCUUCGCCGGUGAACACUGUGAGUGAGAUGGUUGGCCAAACUGGACUCCAACAAAACUAUGCACGGACUAGAUCCUGCCCUACCUUCAGUUCUCGAGGAGACAUUGGUAUGGCACAAGGAAUGAACUGCAUAGCACAGACAUACCCUGGCCCCUUUUCAGAAGCAAUAAAUUCCUCAAAUGAAAAUGCAUUGGAAGAAGUCACUGCUGAGAUAUAGACCCCUGGCUUGGUAAUGUAAUGUUUAGUUUUGUUGGUUGACUUAAUUAUGGCGCCUUGUAAAACACCUGUGCCUUCUAUUUUUAAUCUAAAUGUAACACAUGGUAAAACCAACAAAGCUUAAUGCAUACAACCAUAGUAUGUUCCUGAGGGCUGGAUACCUCAAACUUAAUUCUCCCUUCCUGACAAUGGAGUUUUAAAAAUUGUGUUUGUAAUUAUUUCAGUUGUGUCCAUUAAAUGUCCAUGCUCUAUUUAAUAUCAAUGUAAGGGUGAGGAACAACAGAAGUCAGUGGAAAAGUGACAAAAACUCAUAUCGUUAAUGUCUGGAUGUCACAAAAAUGCUUAAAUGUAUCAUCUUUCACAUCUGCAAGUAAUAUUUUUAAGAGAUGAGUAAUUACUGUGAGUUCUGCUACAAAGCACAACUAAACUUGUUUAAACUAUGCAACUUACUCAGAUAAUUGUAUGUGCAGCAAAUUAUGUUUAAAGUUUGCUUUUAAAGACAUUACUGCAAGUCAAUUUGAAAGGGGCUAUUUUCAGAUAUACAUGUUAAAAUAAAAAAGAACAUAACAUUUAAAGUACUGUUAAUAACAUGUUAAGCCAUAGAAAAGUUAUGCAUCAGGUAAGGUUUUGCAAAUGUUGAGACAUAAUAUCUUUGUUCUGUCAAAAUGUGCAUUAAUUUUCAUUUGAUAGGAAUCAGUCAUUCUUCACGAAGUACACAGACUAGGAGGGUAUAAUGCUUGGAGUAAAAAAAAAAAAGCACUUAAGUAUUAAUCUGUGAUAACAUUAAGGUGUAGGAAUCAUGUACACAUUAUCAUGUCAGAUGUAAUUCUGCAAUGAUACAGGUCACCUGAGUGGCCCUUAGUAACACCAGAUCCUUUUCUUUUUCCUGAAAAAGAAAAUAACCAGCUAUGUCUUAUAGGAAAUUCUUGGCUGUGCUUCAGAAGUGCAUGCCAGAUGAGUUCAGCUUUGAUGAGGGAACCUCUGGGGAGAGCUAAUGGCCUCGUUUUGUUUCUUACUGGCUGUUUGGAGUCAGGGUGGCACAUCUCUCCACAAGACCUAGCAGAACAACCUUCAAGUGGACUGUGAGCAUGUGGGCUGCCCCCAUGCCCAGCAUGAGGCCUUCUUCCCAACUGCUGGCACCUCUGCGGUGCUUCUCCCUGGUGCUCCUGCCCUGGUUCUGCCUCUUCUGUUGCCUGCCUUGGAGCAGGCUUCUGGAACCACCCUGGAAGCUGUAGGUGUAUGGUUUGUCCCACACGUGACCAGCCUUCCUCAGCUUUGUUUAAAGCUUUCUAUGAGGAGAAGGGGUGAGUUGGCUCUCCUCCACCCAUUCAGGAAAGAGCUAAGAAUAUAAAUUAUCUGUGAGCAGGGAUCCAUGGUGGUGUGGCCUUUACUUAUUCCAAACUACUAUGGUGUGUUUUCUCCCCUGCUCUUAGCAUUUCAUAUAUUGCUCUGGAGACUUUCUAGUGCCCUUCUUACGAUGUACUAAUGAUGUCUCAAAGGGCAGGGAAUGAUUUCAGUGGACACAAGGAAAUCAAAGCUGUAUUUUGCCCUGCAGGGAAAGCCUUACUAGUUUAGGAAAUUAGAAGCAUUAGAAGAACUCAAUGAUGGGUAGACUUGGAUUUUGCUAUGUGCGUAGCCUGCAUGAAAUCAAAUAAGAGAAAGCAGAACUUUGGGAAUGUAAGAAGGAUUUUCUUUCUAGUUUAAUUUUUAAUUUACAGUUUGUAAGAUGUUUAAACAUAUAUGGAACCAAGUCCUCUUCCCCUUGAAAUAAAAGGGAAUACUCUCUUUGGCAUCA